CCUCGUCCGUCCCGCAACACGGAGCAUCGGCGUCGUCACGGCAUCUCCUCCUGCCCAUCCAUUGCCCGGGCGAGCCUCGAUGUCUGGCGGCGGCGGCGGCGGCGGGUGCAGCGUCCGCGCCAUCUGGAUCCUCACGCCGCACGACACCGUGGCCUUCUCCAGGCGGUUCGCGGUGGUAGAGAAGCGGUGGCGCGCCGCGUGGGAGGUGGAGGGCGACGGAGAAGGCGGGAGAGGGGCGUGGACGCCGCCGCUGCCGGCCGACCACGAGGUCGCUGCCGCCUUCGCCGAGCGCAGGAGAAGGGAAGGCACUGCACGUGGUUCUGGUAUUCUCACAAGAUUAUCAUCUGUGGGAUCAGAUUCCUGGGUUGACGAUCCGGUUACUCGCCAUGUUGUGUCGCUCAGCAUCGAUAAAGAGGAAGGGGAUGGCUUCAUGCUGUGGCCUGUGGUUCUGCAGAAGCGUGGAGGGUAUUAUGUCCUUGUGUUGCCUCUGGUGGAUCCUCAGUCGUUUAGAGCGUACGAGAAUCUCUUCAAAAGGUCUGAUUGUGGGAGUUCAGCCAAGGAGAAUGGGAAUCUUUCCUCCAUCCUGCUCAAUCUUCCAUGCAUAACAGGGGCCUUUAUGGUUGCGCAUGUUAUUGGGGACAUAAUUACUGGUGAUAUUGCUGAACCUGAGGUGAUUGUUAGUUCUGGGCCCUCUGUUAGUGGACUCUUGGAUUCCUUGACUGGAAGUAUAGGUAUUUCAGCGCGACCAAAACCUAUUGCUGCGCCUGUUGCAGCACCAACUGCAUCAGUCUCCUCGCCUGCGGGUGCUGCUCAAUCCGAGUCUUUAAAAGGUGGUGUAAGACCUUUUGACAAGGAUUUACUGCGGAACUUUAUCAUCGGUUCCAUGCCUUUUGGCACACCUCAGGAUCUUAAUUAUGCCAAUGUUACUUCGAUUAGAGCAACUGGAGUUUCAGCUGAUCCUCUACCGACAGACCAGAAGCAACCAGCCUGGAAGCCCUACCUGUACAAAGGGAGACAAAGAAUUCUCUUUUCUAGCCUGGAGACUAUAAAUGCUGCACUGUAUGACCGUGAUGAUGUGCCAGAUUUCCUUUCUGUUUCAGGACAAGUGACCUGUAGGGCUGAACUAGAAGGACUACCUGAUGUUUCUUUGCCACUGACUGGGUUAAAAGCUGCUCAUGUCGAGGUGUCAUCAUUCCAUCACUGUGUUCAAGCUUCAGAGCCCACUAAUAAUAAACAGACCCUGGUUUUUCAGCCACCAUUAGGAAAUUUUGUUUUGAUGCAUUAUCAAGCACCAUGCAACAUUGAUCCUCCUGUUAAAGGGUUCUACCAGCUGUCUAUGGUUUCUGAGAAUGAAGGUGCUUUUCUAUUCAAGCUGAAAUUGAUGGAGGGGUACAAAUCUCCCUUCAUUAUGGAAUUUUGCAUGAUUACAAUGCCAUUCCCUCAAAGAAGAGUUGCGUCAUAUGAUGGAAAUCCAUCAAUUGGGACAGUUUCGAUGACAGAGCAUUCAAUUGAAUGGAGAAUUGUUUCAAGCGGCCGGGGGCUCAGUGGUAGGAGCAUUGAGGCUACCUUUCCUGGUACUGUUAGAUUUGUUCCUAGAACAACACAGAGAGCAAAUUCAUCAUAUCGCUCAGUUUCAAGCACCGUAUAUGCUGAAGAUAGUGACAGUGAGCAAGAUAAUGUUAAGAAUGCAGCUAACUUGGAUGACUACAUCAUGGAAAAAAUGAAUAAGGAUCUUCAGGCAGUUGACUUAGAAGAGCCAUUGUCUUGGCAAGCAUAUAAUUAUGCCAAGGUUUCAUUUAAGAUAAUUGGAGGCACGCUGUCUGGCCUUUUAAUUGAUCCAAGAUCUGUAAACAUUUACCCUUAUGUUAAAGCCCCAGCUGAAUACUCAAUGCAGGCUUCUUCUGGAGAUUACAUACUGUGGAAUACAUUAGGUAGAUGUCCUACUGCUGCUUUGCCUAGAGAAUUUUGAUUGUCAGUGUUUUUCAUCGUACAAUGUCGGACUUUUGUGCAUGUCUUUUGCUGUACAGACUACAGAGCUCUCCAUUAUGCCUGCAGAGCUCUCCAUUGUUUCUCCUUGUUCCAUUGUCUUUUGUGCUGGAAGUUUUUGGUCCUUCCUAUUCAGGAGUUCUUGUUUCAAGGAUGAAAACUACAAACUUGCA